CUUUCGAACGACUAUCAUCUAAAAAGUGUGGCCGAAAGAAAGGCAAAGUAAACUAAGUUUGCUUUUUAAAAAUAAAUUAUAAAAUUGGCGCAGCUCCAUUAUUAAGUAACGCUUGACCAACUAACGAGAGUUCGAUAUUGACUAAUUGCGUUACUUGACCUUGAGCCACCCUUACAUCAUUAGUACUUUGGAAACCCUACAGCUGUGCAGCGAUGUCAUUGAACUUUAGUCAAUGCUUAAACUCAACAGCACAGAAACCGGCCCGCCACAAAGUGACAACAGUUAGUCCAACAUCUUCGCUUACAUUGCUGCUGUUUAUGCUAAUCACUUUGUUGGUCGUCGCUUUCGUCUCAGCCGAGGCGCAAGUCGGAGAAUCGGCGACCACGAUCGAUGAUCAAUAUGAAAUGAUUGAGUAUUUGAAUACGCAAGCGAUAUUAACCGACACGCUACGGCGAUACAUCGGCGCAUUGCAGCGGAAAGUCGAUGUAAUGAAGAGCAAAACAAGAGAAAUCAAAGCCAUCAACGAUGUCGCCGCCGCCGAUAUGUACAAAUAUGUGAAUAAUCCCCUGAAUGCGUUGACCAUUCUGAAGCGUUUCACAGCUGACUGGCAGACUCUACGGCAAUAUGCACACAACAAUGACAGCACAACAGAAAUUGUUGAAAAUCUGACGAUUACCAGGAAGUCGUUGAAAUUCCCGAGCGAAAGUGAUUUCGAUGAGGCGGCGCUCAAUCUGCUGCGUAUCCAGGGUGUUUACCAACUCGAGCCGGAGCGCUUGGCUGUGGGGGAGGUGAACGGCAUAAAGUUGGGCUCAGCAAUGUCCUGGAGCGACUGUCUGGAAAUCGGUCGUAAAUCAGGACAAAAUGGCGAUUUUAUGAUUGCGAAAUUUUGGAUGGAAGUGGCAUUGGGUAAGCUGCCUGCUAUUGAAGGUGCCUUAAGUGAUGUGGCGGGGGCGGCAAAUGCCACAGAAGAGAUGACAAGCGUAGUCGGUGGGAGCAACGCGGUGGUGGAGAAUGCGCGCUUCGAGAUUAUGGAAGCGCUGGCUACAACGGAAUUCCAAAUGGGCAACCAUGAUAGAGCACUCGAUAUUCUCACAGAACUGUUGAAGAAACGUCCAAAUAAUAAAAACCUGCUUAAAGCCAAGACAAAGGUCGAAAAGAAAAUGUUAAAACCUAACGGCAAUUCCAAGAAAAAAUCAAAUCAAAAUAAGAAAAAUAAAACGCAAAGUGACAAAUCUGUUGAGGAAUCGCUGAUUGGAGAGAUUUGCCGCGAAGCAACAAACAUUGACGCCGCCAGCAGCAGUGGCGCAUUCAGAAGCAGCGCACAAGAUUGUCGCCUGAUUAACGGUAAUCUGCCUGAGCUGCUGCUGCAACCGCUGCGAGUGGAGCUCCUAAGCACAGAUCCCUACAUUGCCAUCUACCACGAUGUGUUGGGCACACAGGAAAUCAGCGACUUGCCACAGAUUACCGCCGAUGCGGGUGAUGACGACGGCGCCGCUGUGGGAGAGUUUCUGCAGCGCGCGAGGAACGCGAAACGACUACACUUGGCUACAGGGCAUGCUGGGAGCAGCUUUGGCGCAUGGGAGGUGGAGCGUUGGACGUACGAAGACGAUGUUCACGCAGACGCGCUACUGUCGGCAACAACAGAAAUCUUUGCGAAUGUUCUGCUCAAUUUGCAGACACCCAAGUUGGGUGGCGCUAUUGUCUUUCCGCAGUUGGACUUGGGCGUUUCGCUGCCUGCGAAUGCGCUGCUGUACUGGACGCAGUUGAAUGAGUACCAUGAAUACGAUUAUCGCAGCAAGCAGCACGUCUGUCCGGUGAUUGUUGGCACACAACUCACGGCAUAUGCCAGCAUCCGAGCCUGAGGCAAAUGACCGAAGCGGACUAGUUCAGAACCAAAAUAGCUCUGGUUUCAAUUGCUUUUCAAAAUUCCACCGAUGAGGGAAAGAGCCAGA